AAGAAAGUUGGCCUGAAAGCUCGUCAUGGCCCAGAUCGUAGGUUGAAGUUGGUGGGAAUCGUGCACUUUCGUAGCCCAAGUCCAUGCAUUUAUCCAUCCGCGCUGUUUUGGCCAUCUGCGGCGUUUUCCUGGGCUGCUGCAGUGGCGUCGUCUUCCUGGAGCUCCUGGUUAAACUGGAUCCCGGCGCUGGAAACCUUAUAACUGCCGCCCAGUUUGCAUUUAUUGCCGUGGAGGGCUUUAUCUUUACCUCGAAGCUCGGGCUGGCCCAGAGAGUGAUCAGACUGCGGGACUAUGUGCUUCUAGUGGCCAUGUUCUUUCUGACCAGCGUGUGCAACAACUACGUGUUCAAGUUCAAUGUCCCAAUGACGCUGCACAUGAUCAUCCGCGGCGGUUCGCUGAUCUCCAACAUGUGCCUGGGCACGUUAAUCCUGAAUAGGAGCUACCGAUUGAGCCAGUACAUAUCGGUGCUCAUGAUCAGCGUGGGCAUUUUCGUCUGCACAUAUUUUUCCAGUCCGGAUUUGGUUGGUAAGCGGGAGGAUUUGGACAGUAGUGCCGAGGCGGAUAAGUUCCGGUGGAUGUUGGGCGUGGCACUCUUGGUGCUGGCUCUCUUUAUCUCCUCCUACAUGGGCAUUACCCAGGAGUUGCUGUAUCGACGUCAUGGCAAGUGCGCGAGGGAAGCGUUGUAUUACACCCACCUGUUGCCACUGCCUGCCUUUCUGCUCAUGCAGGAAGACAUACGGACGCACUGGUUACUGGCGUUCGCGGGCGAGUCCUACCAGUUGCCCCUCCUGGGCGUGACAGUGCCUAUAAUCCUGCUGUACUUAUUGGGCAACGUGCUGGCGCAGCAUUUGUGCAUCAGCUCCGUUUACACUCUGACCACGGAAUGCAGCUCGCUGACGGUGACUCUGAUCCUGACACUCCGCAAGUUCAUCUCGCUGGUAUUUUCGAUCAUAUACUUUCGAAAUCCCUUCACCUGGUGGCACUGGCUGGGCACAGCGCUCGUCUUUGUGGGCACCUUGCUGUUUGCUGAUGUGAUCAAAGUUCCGAAAUGGAGAAACCAGGCUGUGAAACAGGAAUAGGUUUUACAAGACUUUUUUGUGACGAACAAUGUUAUAAUUCCAUUUACAUUUACAUUUAAGUACAAAUUAAAAUUACAAGACUCUCAUAAUUGUUAUGAAAAGAAGGCAUACAUUAAAAAUAA